CCGGAUCCCACCUGUGAACGCAGCCGCCAUGAUCGGGCAGAAGUCGCUGUAUUCGUAUUUUACGCCGGAGCCUGACAAGAAGCGAAGUCGCUCGCCGGAACCGAGCGAGACCGAUAAGGCCUGCAAAGCCCUGAAGACCGAUGACUUGUCCAUUCCUCCUCGCUUCCCGCCUCUCAGCCCGGAGCAGCUGGACCGGAUCCGCAGGAACAAGGAAGCGGCGCUGCAGAGGCUCGGUGCCCGCGCUAGCGUGGUCGUUCCCCCCGAGAUUGCGGAGCCCUGGAGGGUCGCGCUGGCCGCGGAGUUCUCCAAGCCCUACUUCGCCCAGCUUAUGUCCUUUCUUACUCAAGAACGUAAACACUACACGAUAUAUCCACCCGCGCAUCAAGUCUUCACCUGGACUCAGUUGUGUGAUAUCCGUGAUGUAAAAGCAGUCAUCUUGGGCCAAGACCCGUAUCACGGACCUAGUCAAGCACACGGGCUCUGCUUCAGUGUCCAGAGACCAGUUCGGCCUCCGCCCAGCCUGGAUAAUAUUUACAAAGAACUUUCGACAGACAUAGAAGGCUUUUCGCAUCCUGGCCACGGAGACUUGACUGGGUGGGCUAAACAAGGAGUGCUGUUGCUCAACGCCGUUCUCACAGUCCGAGGCUACAAUCCCAAUUCCCACAGGGAUAAGGGCUGGGAGGAAUUCACCGACGCGGUAGUCUCUUGGCUGAACAGUCACCUGGAUGGCCUGGUCUUCAUGCUUUGGGGAGCCUAUGCUCAGAAGAAAGGCAGCUCUAUCGACAGGAAGCGCCACCACAUCCUGCAGACGGUCCAUCCUUCGCCCCUCUCUGCCCACAGGGGUUUCUUUGGCUGUAAACAUUUCUCCAAAGCAAAUGAAUUGUUGAUGAAGUCGGGGAAGACACCUAUUGACUGGAAAGCCCUCUGAGUGGGUUGCAACAGCCUCAGGACCUCAGAAUCUGGAACCCACUGUGCCAUUUUUGUUGUUGAGACAUUACAAACACUUCUUGGAAAAUAUUAUUUGAGUUCCCUUUUAGCAAUUUUAUUUAACUCUCAGUCGAGUCCCAAGGAAGCGUUCUGCCAUGUGUUUUGCUACUGUAAUAUAGGCAUUUGUUUGUACAUAUAUAUUUUUUACUAGCACCUUUUUAUUCUUGACAGCAAAGAAGCUACUUUUCAUUUUGGCUCCACUCAGGAAAUAUUGACUUAGCAAACUUGUUCAUGAUAUCCGAAGCGAUGACUUUCAAAUGUGUCCAAGUGUUCAACUGGGUUUUUCACUUGAAAGCGUUGCCAGAAUUCUGUGGGCGAUGUUAUGUAGAAGGGAGAAUACCUACAGGCAAGAUAUAAGUGACUUCCAACAAUGGGAUAAACCUCACCUGCCCAAACUUUUCAUUUCCUAUACAUCUGUGAAAUACAUGCAUAAAAAUGGGCACUGAAAAAUGAUAUUGCUCUGAGACUUGGAAGCCUGUACAGGAUUUGUGAUUUCAUGUGAAACGACGGCCGUCUGUCAAAGAGGAGAUUCCUUACGAAUGUACCACAUGGGAAACCAGUUGUUGAUCACUUCUACCUGCAGGGUGGGAGGGCUUCUGUGACAUUCACCCUCCCUACUCCAACCGCUUUCGAAUGUGGUCGCACUCGGCUUUCUGAGUGGUUGCAGGCUUCAAACGGCCAUAUUACCUCUCAGGGUUUCCAUGCAUCAAGUCCCUUUGAGUGGCCAUCAAGAGAUCAGUAGUUGUAUCAUUCCAUUCUGAUCCACCACAGUCAGUGGCAAAAUGUCUUUGUUACGGGUAUUAGGCUAGAGGCCAUCAACGAGUUUUAUCAACUUCUGUUAGGAGAAAGUUUGGUUUACCCUUUUUCUAUGCAAAUGGCAGAAUAAGAUCUGGUAUAUUUAAAUACCAAAUUGUGAAGUAUGCCUUUUUUCUCAUUACCUGUAACACUAGUGCAAUUUUUUUAUAUACUCACUGUACAAUGUCUUUUAAAUAAACAACUUUGAUAUAU